AGAAGACAAGACGUGUCCGUGUCAGUGGCUGGUGGAAUACUCCCAAAUAGAACAACAUGGCUACAUUCUAUACGACGUUUAUUUUCUUUCUAAGUCUUUUGCACUUAAUUGUUUCAAUUCAUGUUGGUACUUCAACCGAUAUUCAGCCGAACAGGAUACUUGAUGAGUCUCAUGCGAGUGAACGAACAAAGCGUCAAAUUCGGGGUCAUAACCGAUUAGAUCGCAUGAUUAAUGAAUUGCGUGCCGCCGCUCAAGACCCCAGCCAACCAUACAAACCUUACCGAUAUCUGAGACCGUACAACACACGAAAUUUUCCUUUUCGAGAAAUAAUUGAACGAGUAGACACCGAUUUUGCUGGUCUCGAAAUUCGUGUGCCCGUAUAUUUGAGAGCGACAAUUUUAAGUAGUCAUGUCAACAAUAGACGCAUCGCUAUUCCACAGCACAUAAGACACUAUUUAGAUCGCGUGGGCUUCAAACAAACUGCCACAAGAUGGGACCCUAAUGCCGAUCACGUGGGUCAUUUGUUGGCUGAUUCAUUGGGCGGACCUACCGAUGAGCAGUUCAACUUCGCUCCGCAGGCCGGACGGCUGAACACUCUAACACCGGAUACGUGGUCGUUAUGGUGGGGUGAAGAGAUGGCCAUGCUUGGAUUUUUACGGGUACCCAACCGUAGGAUAGAAUGGGAAUUAUAUGUCAUACGUCCACCGUUAACAUCAACCUCACAAUGGCGCCUACGACCAACCAGUUUCCUUUUACGACAUAAAAAUUAUAACGCAAAUGGUACCCUAGUUAACAAUGAAAACCUUCCCAUUGGUCCACCAACACCUGUCAUGUGCUUCAGCAACGACGCUGCAGAUGAGUGCCCCUAUGACGAGUGGUAA